AUGCUCACCUCAUUUAUUGACAAGAGUUGCCGGGAGUCGAGAUUGCACAUUAAAGGCUUAAUCUUGCAGGAGGCAAAGUGGGGGGAAGAGGACGAGGCGCAGGAGCCGGCGCGGGCUGCAGGCUGCGCGCGCUGGCGGGCGGCUCAGCUUGGCGGCUCCUCCGGUUACAUUAUUUUUCACCUUUUAACUUGUCUUAUUUUUCCCUUUUUCCAAAGAUUUUUUCUACUUCAGCAAGCUACAGUUUCUCCUUUUCGUCUCCGGGCUAUUUCAGUUGUCUCAUGUUCACUGGAGCAGCCUCUAAGAAGCAGUUUCUCCUUCAAGCCUGCAGGCCUCUGCCAAGGUCUUGCUGGCCCGGUGUCCUCCUGGAACCUCCAACAGAUACGCAUGAAGGCACGUGGGAAUGAGUAUCAGCCAAACAAUCGGAAACGCAAGCGGACCCAUGGCUGGAUCAAGCGUAUCAGCACACCAGCGUUUCUCCGGCGCAUGCUGAAAGGCAGGAAGUCCCUGACCCACUGAGCGCUCUGGCUGCCAGGCCUGUGUGGUGUGUGUCGGAAUCAAGCCUUACAACUGUCCCAGUCAAGAGCCAACCUGUGGGUUUGCACUAAGGAAUACCGUGAUGAGCAGCAGCAACUGACUGCUCCUUUCAUGUUAGGAAUGUGUGAGGAAUGGCACUGGUGGAGGGUGGUCUUCAAGGGAUUUGUUUAGUGACUACUUUUUAAUUGUAAAGUUAUUGCAACUUGUAAGUGUGAUUUUAAGAUAAACUUGUGAAAACAUGAGCUGUAAUUAAAAUUGAACUUUGUGCUGUGCUAA